GGAUGAACUUCUCACAGCUGCAGAAACGAGGAAAAGCUUCAGGUAGCUUCGAAAAAAUAAAAUGUACAGAAGAGAAAGUGGGAACCUGAAGAGCCAAACGCCAAAAACCAAGAAGUCAUUUGUUUUUAAGGGCUGUCUCAUUCAAAUGAGUCUGGGAAACAGCGGCAGCACCGUUCAGGUGUGUUUUAGUUCUCCUCUUCCUCAGCAGGUGUCCGAUAGUUUACUGAAGGAGGCGACAUAAUCUGGUCGUGAAUGAAAAGAGCGGUUAGGGAGAGAAACCGUGCUGCUCAUGAGAAAGUCUGCUCAGAGCUUAGCAGACUCAUUAAAAACUGAUGAGAUAUCCUUUUGUGGAUCGUUGAAGGACAGAAGUGGAGACAUGGUCAAGAAAAAACAGAAAUAUUGUUCAAAAGUGUGAAUAAGGAGCCAAUUUCCUCUGAUCCAGUAAACUUCAUGUGUUUCAAAUUAAGGUAAAACCUCUGAAACGACUUCUUUCCUAGAUUCCCUCUCCUCAAACAUUCACCAGUAAAUAUGUUUCCCCUUUUUUUAUUGUAGAAAAUGGCUUUGUGAAAUCAUCAACUUUAGUUAAAUGAUAGUUUCACAAGUCUGACAUGUUCAUGCCAGACAUUGACUGCUUAAAAAAUGAGGAAGCUAACCUGGUGGAUAGGAUCCUUCUGCUGAUGAUCACAACACUGGAAAUGAGUGGAUUCCAAUUUGGAGACAUCAUUUGUUAUAAAACCAGGUGCAAUGUUGGCGUUCGAUACAAACACUUUGCUGUCUACGUGGGAGAUGUACAGAUCUGUGGGAAAGAGGCAUGGCAGGACAUAUUUGAGCAAUCAAAGAAAUAUCACGGUAAAUCGUGCAUAUUUGCUAAACUAAAAACGUACGAUGAGCCGGAGGUGAACAACUACCUUGAUGACUACACCGACCCCUUAACAGGAGAGACCUACGGAAAAGGAGACGACGAGGACAUCAUCGCACGCAUCACUGAGACAUAUGAGAGCUGCAGCGUGUACGGCAGCCUUCACAACAACUGUGAACACCUCGCUACCUACGUCCGAUACGGCGUCAGGAUAGCAGUGCAGUUCAACAUGACUUUUGAGGGUCUAAUCUUUGGCAACGACAAAUUUGACAAGAAGCAUUUACUGGACUACCUGAGGAAGAAAUCCAAAUGCCCCGAGGAUCACAAUAACUAAGAAGAUUCCUGUGAACAUGUUUGUGGUGAAGCGUGAGAAGUCAGCCCAGAUACUUUGGUAACCUGUAACAGCCUCAUUGAAGAAGACAAAUGAAAAUAAUAUUUAUAACUACUUUAAUCAUUACCUUCGAACCUUAUGCCAAGUUAGAUACAACAAAGCAAAAAAAAAAAAAA